GUACAGAACCAGAUUUGUUCUCACCAGGAAUGGACCCCCCACAAGCCAAAAGAAGAAGACUGGACACAGAUUACACAUAUGCUUUAGAUGAUCUGGACGAGUUGGAAGUGUAUGGUAAAGAGGAACAAUCUGGGGUGAAGCUCACAUCAUACUCAUUUGAAGUAUGCGACAGUUUGCUCAACAUUGGACCUUGCACUAGUGUUGAUAUGGGAGAACCUGCAUUUCUUUCGGAAGAGUUUUCUGGUGGUAAGGAGCUGGAUUUGGAACUUGUUUCAUGUUCUGGGUAUGGAAAAAAUGGUGCAUUAUCAGUUCUACAGCGAAGUGUGAGACCUCAAGUUGUGACAACAUUUGAGCUUCCUGGCUGUGUUGACAUGUGGACAGUUUUGUCUGGUGAACAGGGUGACAACAGCUAUCAUUCAUUCUUACUGCUCAGCAGAGAGGAUUCUAGCAUGGUGUUAAAGACAGAACAAGAGAUUAUGGAACUUGAUCACUCAGGCUUUACUUCCCAGUAUCCCACUGUAUUUGCUGGAAAUCUUGGGAAUGGAAAGUACAUCUUGCAGGUAACUCCUCAAGGUGUUAGCUUGUUAGAAGGAGUAACACAGUUGUAUCACAUUUCACUGGAUGCUGGCUUGUCAUCAAUUGUCUGGUGUUCACUGUCUGAUCCUUAUGCAGUCAUGAUGACAGCAGAUGGUUCCAUUAUUUUACUUGAGUUUACAUUGGAAGGUACAGAACCUAAGGUGAAGAUAUCCAGGCCACAGAUAAACCAAGGAGGGAAAGUCUGCGCCUGCUGUGCAUAUAGAGAUGUCAGUGGUAUCUUUUCCACAGAGAAGGUGGACCAGUCACUCAGAAAAGUUCAACGUCAAACCAGUACUCCCACCACUCCCAAAAGUAUGGAUGUGUUAGAUGAGGAUGAACUGUUGUAUGGAGAAUCAUCUUUGCCAUUUACGUCUGAUGAAGAAGCGCAAGAACAGAAGAACGUAAAUGACAGUGUUUUCACUGGGGAAUCAAAUGCUGAAACAGUGAAUCCAACAUGGUGGUGUGUUAUUUGUCGUGACAAUGGUGUCUUGGAGAUUUACACUUUACCUGAUUUCAAGUUGGUUUUCUUGGUUAAGAAUUUCAAUAUGGCUCCAAGAGUGCUUGUGGACAGUGGGUCUGCUUCUGGUGUAAGUAUCACAGGCAGUGUCGGUCAGGAGGAUUCUUCACCUGUCAGGGAAAUCUUACUAGCAGGCUUAGGGCACAAAAACAGCAGACCUAUGCUUAUUGCACUUGUGGAACAGGAACUUUUGGUGUAUGAAGCAUUCACUUUCACUGAAGCUUCUGUAGAAAGUCACCUUAACUUAAGGUUCAAGAAGGUCCAACACAAUCUGCUUCUGCGUGACAAGAAAUCAAAGCAGCAAAAAGUAAAGCAGGUGGAUGGUAUUCAAGGGACGAAACCAAAAGUGUCCAGUCUCCGUGUCUUCAGUGAUGUCUCAUCUUAUUCAGGGGUGUUUUUGUGUGGUUCCUAUCCCUACUGGCUGUUUGUUACUAGUAGAGGUGCACUGCGAACUCAUCCGAUGAACAUUGAUGGCGCUGUCACUUGCUUUGCCCCUUUCCAUAAUGUCAACUGUCCAAAAGGUUUUCUUUACUUUAACAAGAAGGGGGAGUUAAGAAUUUCAGUUCUCCCAACCCAUCUUAGUUACGAUGCCCCGUGGCCUGUAAGGAAGGUUCCUCUGAGAUGCACUCCUCAUUUUGUGACUUACAACAGAGAAAGCAAGACAUAUGCAGUUGUCACAAGCUUGUCAGAACAAACUAAGAGAGUGGUCAAAUUGAACACUGAGGAUCAUGAAGCUGAAGAUAUCGAUAGAGAUUCAAGAUUUGUAUAUCCAAUUAUUGACCGAUUCAGCCUACAGCUUAUCUCACCAGUUAGUUGGGAGAUUAUACCAGGCACACGAAUUGAGAUGGAGGACUGGGAACAUGUCACCACCUGCAAGAAUCUUAUGCUUGCAAGUCAGGAGACUCAUGCAGGUCACAAGGGUUUUAUUUGUGUUGGCACAACUCAUGUGUACGGUGAAGAUAUUACCUGCAGGGGACGGAUUUUGAUAUUUGAUAUCAUUGAAGUUGUCCCCGAACCGGGCCAGCCACUGACCAAGAAUAAGUUUAAGAUGUUGUACGGAAAGGAACAGAAAGGUCCAGUCAGUGCUCUGACUCAAGUCAAUGGUUACCUUGUAAGCGCCAUAGGACAGAAGAUUUACAUCUGGAAUUUCAAAGAUAGCAAUGAUUUGGUGGGAAUGGCAUUUAUUGACACGCAAAUGUACAUUCAUUCGUUAAUGUCCAUCAAGACUCUGAUUAUUGCAGCUGAUUUAUGCAAGAGCAUCACUCUCCUUCGAUUACAGGAGGAAACAAAGACUCUGGCAUUCGUUAGCAAGGAUCCAAAACCAUUAGAAGUGUAUUCAGCCGAUUUUGUUAUUGAUGGUCCACAACUGGGAUUUCUUGUAUCAGAUGGUGAUCAAAACUUGCUUUUACUCACUUAUCAACCAGAAGCUGUUGAAAGCUUCGGUGGUCAGCGACUUCUUCAGCGAGCGGAUAUUAACAUAGGAAGCCAUAUUACUUCAUUCUUCAGGAUCCGUGCAAGAACAACAGGAAAAGUUGGCGGUAAAGACUUGAGACAGCUGACUUGUUUUGGCACACUGGAUGGUGGGCUUGGACUGUUAUUACCUAUGACUGAGAAAACAUACAGACGACUACACAUGCUGCAAACCAAACUUGUCGAAUGCAUUCCGCACGUCGCUGGUCUUAAUCCAAAGGCUUUCAGACUUGUACGAGGUAAGAAACGAAGCUUGAACAAUCCUCACAGAAACAUAUUGGAUGGAGAGUUACUCAGCAAAUUUCUGCAGCUUGGCACUAUGGAAAAACUUGAGGUUGCAAAGAAAAUCGGCACGACGCCAGCUCAGAUUCUUGACGACUUGAUGGAUGUUGAAAGAUCGUGUUCACAUUUCUGAGGGCAACGCCUGAGAGGUGCUUAAAUACAAGUGAAAGAUCAUGAUCGCAUCAAGGAUGUAACUUUUCCUUUACGGACAAUUGUACCGGGAUGACAAUUAGUUACUAUACUUUCUUUUUUCGUUAAAAUCUCCAAGAAGUUAGAGAACUUUACUAAUCAGAGGUUACAAAAUUUAUGAAACAUUGUCAUCUAGAUUCCCAAUCUCUUACACUUCUCCUACGCGUCCUCAGCGAGAUAAA